AUGUCACAAGCAACGACGACGACGACGACAACGACGAUGAGAACUAAGAAUUCAUUUAUUCAACUUGCAUGGCAAAAAUUUCGUCAACGACGUCAAUGGGAACGUAGAAUGAUCAUCAUUAUUGCCGGUAUAAUUAUUCUGGCCAUUUUAUUGAUCAUCACCACUAUGAUAUGGUUAAGAAAUUCCAAUAAUUCAAAUCAACCAUUGUUGAAAACAACGACAACUAAUCAUUUCGAUACAAGCCAUGCUGAUAGACGAAUUGAUCAACUGAAUAAUAAUAAUAAUCGGAAUCGAAAUUUAUAUAGUAAACAAGAAAGUAAAAAUGUUGAAAAAUAUGAUAUUUUAGGUAGUGGAAAUUUUGAAAUUAUUCGUGGUGGAAUACUUGAUAAACAUCCAUCAGAUAAUUUGAAUAAAUUACGUAAUUCACGUAAAAAAUCAUCAAGUCGUCAUCAUAAUAAUAGUAAUCGUAAUCAACAACGUAAUCAAUUAUUUGAACCAAAUAAUCAUCAUAAUAAUGAUCAUCGUCAACAUUAUUCAGAAGAUGAUAAUGGUGUCGAAAAUAAUGGUGCUGGUGGUGGAAAUGGUGAUGAUGAUGAUGGAUUAAAUCCAUCGAAUAAUGAUGGUCCAUCAUCAAAUCAAUCAUCAACAGAUGAACCAGAACCAUUUGAACCAUUUAAUUUUGAUCUAUUUGCAAAUGAUCCAAUUCUACAAGGUCUUCAAGGUUAUGAUAAUUUUGCAUAAUCCAGAUUA